ACGGCGGCAGAGGUAGCGGAUCUCAAAGGCUCCUCCGGCUUCUCACGCAGCUCCGGUGACAGGUUCGGCCCGGAGGGCUUCGUCCCUCGCCAUGGACUCGCAGAAAGAAGCUCUACAAAGAAUCAUUUCAACUUUGGCAAAUAAGAAUGAUGAGAUUCAGAACUUUAUUGAUACACUAAAUCACACACUGAAAGGAGUUCAGGAAAAUUCUUCCAACAUACUUUCAGAAUUAGAUGAAGAGUUUGAUAGUUUAUACUCUAUAUUGGAUGAUGUGAAAGAAAGCAUGAUUAGCACCAUCAAGCAGGAACAAGCGCAUAAGUCACAGGAGUUACAGAGUCAGCUUAGUCAAUGUAACAAUGCCUUGGAGAACUCUGAAGAACUACUAGAAUUUGCAACAAGGUCAUUAGAUAUUAAGGAACCUGAAGAAUUUUCAAAGGCUGCCAGACAGAUCAAGGAUAGAGUCACAAUGGCUUCUGCCUUUCGCCUUUCUUUGAAACCAAAAGUCAGUGACAACAUGACCCAUUUAAUGGUGGAUUUCUCUCAGGAAAGACAGAUGCUGCAAACUUUGAAGUUUUUGCCAGUCCCCAAAGCUCCAGAGAUUGACCCAGUAGAGUGUUUGGUAGCUGACAACUCUGUAACUGUAGCUUGGAAAAUGCCUGGAGAAGAUAAUAAAAUUGACCAUUUCAUAAUGGAAUACAGGAAAACGAACUUUGAUGGGCUCCCACGUGUAAAGGAUGAGCGAUGCUGGGAAGUGAUUGAUAACAUCAAGGGUACUGAAUAUACAUUAGCAGGCUUAAAAUUUGAUUCAAAGUAUAUGAAUUUCAGAGUGAGAGCCUGCAACAAAGCUGUGGCUGGAGAAUACUCUGAUCCAGUGACCCUAGAGACCAAAGCACUUAACUUCAGUCUAGAUAACUCGUCAUCCCAUUUGAACUUGAAAGUGGAAGAUUCCUGUGUAGAGUGGGAUCCCACUGGAGGAAAAGGCCAAGAAAGUAAAAUUAAAGGAAAAGAGAAUAAGGGCAGUAUCCAUGUUACUUCACUGAAGAAACACACAAGAAGUGGCACACCAUCCCCAAAACGGACAUCUGUAGGCUCCAGGCCACCAGCAGUCAGAGGCAGCAGAGACCGUUUUACUGGGGAGUCAUACACAGUGCUAGGAGACACUGCUAUUGAAAAUGGACAACAUUAUUGGGAAGUAAAGGCCCAGAAGGAUUGUAAAUCUUAUAGCGUGGGUGUAGCAUAUAAAACUUUAGGCAAAUUUGAUCAGUUAGGAAAAACAAACACUAGUUGGUGCGUUCACGUCAACAGCUGGUUACAGAACACUUUUGCAGCCAAGCAUAAUAAUAAGGUGAAAGCUUUGGAUGUUCCUGUACCUGAGAAAAUAGGUGUGUUUUGUGACUUUGAUGGGGGUCAACUUUCAUUUUAUGAUGCACACUCAAAGCAGUUGCUGUAUUCCUUCAAGACAAAAUUUACUCAGCCAGUAGUACCUGGUUUCAUGGUUUGGUGUGGUGGACUUUCUUUGAGUACUGGAAUGCAGGUUCCAAGUGCUGUGAGAACACUUCAGAAAAGUGAAAAUGGAAUGACUGGUUCAACGAGCAGCCUGAACAAUGUCACUCAGUUGAAAUAGCUGAGCUUCUCUGCUCUGCUUAGCCUGCUGUGGAAAGCUGGCAAGCUCUCUCCAGCACUCUGCAUUGCUCUAUGUCUGCUCGCACAGCUUGGACAUGACUGCUUUCCAUGAAGGAACUCUAGGGGAAGUGGACUGUAAGGGAUGUAUCACCGGUGUGAAGAACUGUUCCAUAAAAUAUGUAUUAAGUAUUGUAUUUCCCUCUUAGCAGUUGAAUUCCAAACCAGUUUCAUUUAGCUGGAAAUACACAGGAAGGAGCUGCCUUAAGCACUUUAGAAAAAAAGAAUUUGCUACAAUUCAUUUGACUCAGCUGAUUGUGUCACAUCUUUUAAAUACUGGUAAAUAUGUAUAUACCAAGUAUUUAAUGACUAAUGCACAUAGAAAUUUAAUAUACAGUGAUCUUUUGAAUGUUCCGGAUAUAGGCUUUUUAAAAUGUGUUAAGAGUGUCUGUCUGUCUGUGGGUUUAAUUGAUAGCACCUCUACCAUGUUCCAGUAAACCGCUGACCAGCCAGGCUGGGCCUUCUCACUCUGUUCUAAUAUUCUAAAAAACUCAAACCAUAAACAAUAUUAUGUAUAAUUUGAACUUCCAUGAUUGAUCCUUGAUAUAAAUAAUAAAAGAAAAUAUUUAUGAUGAAAUAUUUUAAUUAGGUCAAUUUCCUAGAAUUACAUAGUUUUUUCUAUACAUAUCUUUUCCAUGAACUUAUAGCUAUUUAUGUAUUUGCAGUUGUUUCUUUCAAAAACAAUUUUUUAAAAAAAAAUUGGAAAGGGAUAUAUAUGGGAAGUGAUUACUCCAAAGAAUAUUAAUCUUAAGAGAAGACAGUAUAGGCCCCUUACCAUGAAAUACAUCAGGCUAAAAUCUCAACUGUUCUAGUCAUAGAUUUUUAGCUUCUUUGUUAGAUCAGCAUAUAAUUCAUAUAACAGUACUUAAGUUUUUAUGAUGUGCAUCAAUUUUAUUACUUUAUGUCUUGGUUUCCAAAAGUAGUAGAGUUUAAUUCACCAUAUGAACGUCAUUCUGCUAAUUUUGAUUUGAUAGUCUUGAUCUAAAAAUAAUGUUUUGUUACUAUGUCACUAAAUUUCUAAAAACAGCAUUCAUGGCCUGGCAGGAUGGCUCACAAGAUUCCAAUAGGAUGGCUUGAGUUUGUUCCCUGGAACCCAAAUGGAAGGGGAGACUUACCUCCUGCAAGUUGUCUUUUGACCUACAUGUGUGCAUGCACAUGUGUGC